CGUCACUGCUGCCCCGCCAUCUCCAUCAGCCACAUGGCGCCUCGACCUCCAGCCGCUCCCUAGCGCACCGUCAGCCUGCGGCGUGUUAGAGAGUGGGUGAGCGCCACGUGGCGCGGGGUAGCGAAGCCGCUUGGGCGGCAAAUCAUUCCAUAGCGAGAGAGACGAGAAACAACCAAGCUGUCAAGAAGACACGAUGUCUAAACAUCAGAAAAAGAAGAAUCCACCUGCAGUGUUCUCCGACGACGACGAGACGGCGACUCAGCUCCUGCCGACCCCAGGGGCCGUGGCCCCGGUGAUGGGAGCCCACGACGGGUGCCGAUGUCGCACCUGCGGCGGACGGCGGGGUGGAGACAAUUCAAUAGCUUCGCUCUGACGAGCCGUGGCAGAGGGUGGAGACCCAGCUGGGCGCGCCAACAACUGCGCUUCACCGCCUUGUCGCCCUCGUCACGCCGAUCGCCGCUGGAGAAAGUCCGGUGGUGGACCGUCCGGGGGUGGACGUGCAGAGGGCCGGUGACGGUACCUCGGAGGGUCCCCCCUUGGUGAAUAAGGCCGCAAUUUUGGGCGGCGUGGAGACGGCCGCCAUUUCGCAGAUCCCGCCAAGUUCGCGUGUCGCGGCCGCCAUUUUGUCCACCGCUGUGGAAAGCGGUGUGCUGGUUCAUCGCUGCCGCGCGAGGUUUCGCCAUCCACUGCGACGCCCGCUGCGAAGGAGAACGCCAACCGGGGUCGACGCCUGCCCCACGUGCGCAAGUUUGUGGCAGCAGGCGGCGACUGGAGCGCUUUUUGCUGGUGCUUGGAGGCCGCCUACAAAUUCGUCCGAUGGUCGGAGGAAGAGGCGCUCAUUGCCUUGCCCACCAUGCUAGACGGUGAUGCGUUGGCCAUGUUUCGCUCCAUUCCCGCCGACAAGAAGACGCUUCCACAAGCCUUUCAAGAGAUGGCGGAGGUCUACGAGCCGCCAGACGACAGAACGAAGAAAUUUCAGCACCGUUGGUGGGGGAGCUCAGAGUUGCCCCUCGCCUACAGAAGUGCCUUGAUGGCCUUGGCAGUUGAUGCAUACCCCAAUGUAACACAGGAACUGUUAGACCCGCUGGUGAUGGAACGCAUGUUGGCGUUGGCUUGGGAAAUGGAUGUUGUCCUUCCUACGUGCGGCCACGAAAUGAAGACGCCCUUGUGGGUCGCGCGUUGCCUCAACGCACAUAUAAAUUUGAAGCGCUGGGCGCAGAUGGUGGCGUGGAUGGGGGACCCAGCUAAGGAUGGUCAGCCCAUUGGCUGGUCUCCAUCGAAAGUGGUUGACGUCGCCAGAAUAUCUAUCGGCCGCGACAGGACGACGAUCUGCUCCACCAGCGGCCUCCCGUUACGUGCUACAGAUGUGGCCGUGUGGGCCAUUACUCACGGGAGUGCCACGCUCGUCCUGCGUCGCCGUCCGGUUCGCCGACUGCAUCUCCUGCAGCCAACCGUCCGCCGUCACGUCCCUCCAUACAGCGCCCCUGAUUGACACAACGGGACUGGAGGAUGCCGCUAUUCCAUCUGGUCCACCUGUGCUGGAUCCGGCUGUGUUGCCCCCUGCUGGACCUCUGCUUCCACCGGCCGGAGUUCCUCUUCUUUUUCCGCCUCUGGCGGAUGGGCCGGCUAUGCACACACGUUCUAAAACGUCUCGUUUUUCCUGAAGCAGUUGGGCCCCUUAUUGCGUGCUACUGGUUCUAUUGCAUUGUUCUGUUGAUGUUCCGUUCCUCUCUUGUCUAAUUGUGUUGCACUUCAUGAUUGAUGGCACUCUACAUUAUGCCUUGCCCUUCCUUUUUUAUCACGGGGGGGGGGGGGGGUGAUGUAAUGAGAGCGCCAUCUCCUCUAUUAUGUGGGGCGUUGUAUGCUAUGCAGUUAUGGUUUAUCUGGGGUAAGGGUUUAUAUCUAGAGCAAAGGUGAAAGGGCGGAGCCACCCGGGAAGCCUCUAGAACGUUUCCGAAGGUUCCAUAAGGGGCUUGGCCAGAGGCG